CCAAGUAUUUGAAGCAAGCUUGCGCGGAAAAUUUACAAGCAGCCGCAUUCUGAUUUGUGAAUGUAAUUUUGCGAGUAAAAAAGUACCCAAACGUAACGAUUAUCAUAACUCGGUUGUUGACCUUACUUCUGUCAAACGCGGAAAUUGUCGAAAAAGGGAUAGUUUUAUUUUAUAAUAAACUAAAGUGAUAUAAAACCAGUUCGAUCCUUUCACGUUGAGAGAAAUGUGAUAAAACUUUUCUUUCACGUGCCGUACGAAUGCAAAUCAAAGUUGUUAUUAUUAAUGUAUGGGCGUACAAUUGAUAUAGAGUGGUUGUAUAUAAAAUGGAUAGCAGGGGAGAAUAUCACGAUCCUGACUAUCCGGAAGCGCCGGUUUGUGUAAAGGCUGAACCGCCAAACAUAAAUGAAGAAGAGAAAGUAGAUAUAAUCAAGAAGAUUAUUCAUCGUGAAUUCUCCAAUGAAGUGGAGGCCAGAGAAAACGAAGUUUUGUUAAUAGAUCAAAGGAUGACUACAGCUCGUCGGUAUCUUCACCAGCUGAGGUAUACCCUGGUGAAUAAUUACUACAAGGAUCAGAGGCUACAGCUGACAGCCAGUCAAAUAAAUGAUGAUAUUGCCGCACAAGCGGAGCCUACAGCUAAAACCGAGGUAGCUCGAUUACUCCGAGAUGGUCAACGCAGACUGCAUCCGUCCGUCCGUAAGUUACUCGGAAAGAAAACAGCUGAUUUGGAUGAGAUUUUCAAAUUCAAGGGGCCAAGGAAUAAAACAAGGAUAGACUAUUCGGCAAUGCUGCAAACCAGAAACUACACAAUAUCGGCUGACUCAACGAAAACCCUCCGACCAGAAAUGCCGGACGAGCAAAAGGAUACACAAGAGAUCGUACCGGAAACGUCGGGCAGGCCAAGGAGGAUCCCUCGCCACAUUGAGCCGAAAAUCGAGAACGUUCUGACGUUGGAUGAGAUAACUAGGAAUAAGAUGAAACAUCGCUACAGGAUUAUUAUAGGCAACACGUCCAAGUACGUGCCGCCGGCGUCGCGGCUGGACCGCUCGACGCACAAGUGGCUGCUGUACGUGCGCGGGCCGGCGGCGCGGCCCGACCUGUCCGCGCUCGUCACGGCCGUCACCGCGCGCCUGCACCACUCCUACGCGCCGCACCACGUCGUGCACCUGCGCAAGCCGCCGUUCCACAUCUCGCGGCGCGGCUGGGGCGAGUUCCCCGUGUCGCUGGAGCUGCACUUCCCGCGGCCCGACGUCAACCGGCCGGCCGCGCUCGCGCACACCAUAGCGCUCGACCGCCACUACACCGGCCUGCAGACGCUCGGUGCGGAAACAGUGGUAGAUGUGUGGCUAUACAGCACGCCGGAAAUGUUAAAAUACGAAUACAAAGACGACGACACGACACACAAGUUGGCGGCGGAAGACGCAGACGCACCAGACGCACAGCACGCAGAUGACAAGGGCACAGACGAUACAGAAGUGCAGAUCAAACCAGAGCCGAACGAAGCAGAGAACCAUAUAAACGAGGGCGAUAGUUGGCUGGAUUUCUUCGCAAACCAAACGGCUGUGAGCGUGGACGAUAUGCUCGUGAAGGAUAUUAAAAAAGACAUGCAAGCAACCCCAGUGAAAGUCGACGCGGACGCUGACAUCAAAAUGGCCGACGAAAUACCGAGCAGCAUAGAGCAGCCGUGGAAGAAACGGAUCAUGAAAUACAUGGAUCCGACGACGGGGAAGAUAUAUUAUCUAGAAAUGGACAGGAAACUGGAUUUGAGCACAGUGCAAGAAAUCGUUAUUAACUCGAAGGGCAGCGUGCAGACGGCCAAAAUAAGUCCAGUCAAAAAUGGCGUGCGAAAUAUUAAAAAGGGCGUUUCGUUGUUGAAGCCGGAAGUGAAAAGUCUGCUGAACGAACACAAAUUCGAAAGGCAUCGUCUCCCCACUCAUAUAGAGAACGACCAUUGCUAUUUGGGCUUCAGUUUCUACGAAACGGUGGACAGGGAGCCGAAGUUGGAUGAGUUCAAGAGAAUCGUGGAGCGUUUGACCAGUGUGCGGCAAGUGGUUAAGUGUUUGUUAAAGAAAAUACCGCUGAUUAGUGCGGAAGCGAACAAAAGUGAAUUCGUCAAGUGUUUCCCGUUUGUUGUGGAGAAUGAGGAACGCUAUUGGAAGUUGGAUUUCGCCAAACGGAGAAAUAUUGAGUGGUCAAGAGCGAAGCUCAUCAACAAGCUGCUCGUGGAGAAUUUCAAAUCGAGCACCGAACAAAUAUGGCGGACGAAACAGAUCCUGGUGUACGCGCGACUGCACGGCUUCUACCCCACGCGGCCGGAGAGCGUCCUCGCCCAACCGGACAGACACACGGACGAGUGGUCGUCGUGGAACGACAUGGAAGCUUCCAGAAGCCUAGAGUCCAGCAUCAAGGAAGUGUACCCGAGCGCGUGCGACAUCAGCAGCCUGUCAAUAUUCGACCUGGACAGCUACAGAGCGGCCGACCCGCCGGUGCUGGCCGACUCCGACGAGGAGAUCGACGUGGUGCGCGACAGGCGGAGUGUGGUGCGCAAACAGUGCGACAGUGCGGUGGUUCAGUGCGCGCUGCCGGUGACCGGUGACGAUGAGAGACACGGGUUUGUGUUCGUCGAACGGAAGUGCGCGGAUAUCGGCCUCGAACUGCGGAACGAGGAUGUUGGCCACGGCUAUUCAUAUAGCGCAGUGCACGCGGUGCUGCUAUCAGCCGUGCGCAGCUUUGCGGAGGACCUGAUACGGGAGUCGCUAGCUGUGAAACUUAUGGAAGGAGCAUCCGCACACCACCCACCGCCCACGUGGAGCGGUUCGUCAUCCCGAAUCCCCAUCCACUUGCAGCACGUGUAUCGCGCGGCACAAGCGUGGGCCCACAUGUCCAACAGUGGGCUGGCAACCAAUAAAGUGGAAACACACUCGCUAUAAUAUACGAUUUUGAUAAA